ACGGGCACUCGGGGAAGCGCACACGCGCCGCGCGGGCGUACAAGACCCCCGGGUCCCGCCCGACGCAGGCACUAGUGGCGUGGCGCGCCGCGACAGUGUCACUAGUAGCGGUGGACCGGUGGUCUCUCCCCUCCCCGGCUCCCCCUCGUCCGUCUCCCUCCCACCCUUCCGCGCUCCCGCCGUUUCCCAGGGGCCAGGGCCGACCCACACCGCGCCGGGAUCCCUAGAUGCGGCCGGGGCGGCGCCGCGAGCCGUGAGCGCGGUUCCUGCCGUGGCGAUGGGUUUCCGCGCCGCCUCCGCCGCCGCCGCUGCCGCGGUGGCCGUGUUUGCGGCGGCGGGGCUGGCGGUCACCGCCGCUUCCUCCGGUGACUCGCUCGCCGACCUCGGAGGCGCGGCGAGGGAGAUCGAAAGCGCACCAGAGGUCAAGAAUCUGGGACCAUGGGCAAAGGGGCUGCUGAAAGGCAUGCCGCAGGCAGCGGCGGGACCGGCAGCCAUGGCGCCUGUUGCGAAGUAUCCGCUGGUUCUGGCAGAGGACCGGACGCGGCGGCCGGAUGUUCUCAGGCAUCUCAAAGUGUAUGAAGGAGGGUGGAACGUCACCAAUAAGCACUACUGGGCGUCUGUUUCAUUCACAGGUGUUUCUGGAUUUCUUCUCGGUGCUUUGUGGUUCAUAUUUUUCGGGAUAGCUGUGGCUGGACGAUGCUAUUUUGGAACAAGAAUGUCCAAAAGAAAGGUUUCUUAUGCAGAUGUAGUAGGUCCUGUGUUGCUUGGGGUCUUCACACUUGCUAUAAUAGCUGGGUGCAUUCUCCUUCUGUAUGGGCAGAGUAAAUUCCAUGAAGAAGCUACGCGGACCGUCGAUUUUGUUGUGAACCAAUCUGAUUUCACUAUUCAGACACUAAGGAAUGUUACAGAAUACUUGUCAUUUGCACAGACGAUCACUGUGGCAGCACUCUAUCUUCCAUCAGAAGUUCAAGGUCAAAUUGACAGUUUGAAAGGGGAUUUGAACAAAGCAGCUGACACAAUAUCUGUGAAGACAGCAGAAAAUUACAAAAUGAUAAGAAAAGUUCUCCAUAUCAUGUCAGUUGUAUUGAUUUGCAUAGCCGUGGUGCUGCUUGUUCUUGUGUUCCUUGGAUACGGCCUAGAGAAGUAUGGACCGAGAUAUACAGUUUACAUAUUUGUUACCUUAUGCUGGAAAGCUGUGGCGGCUCUCUUUAUCCUUCUAGGGAUUUUCCUGAUACUAAACAGCGCUGCGCAGGAUACCUGCGAAGCAAUGGACCAGUGGGCCCAGCACCCUCAGGCAGAGACAGCUCUGAGCAGCAUCCUUCCGUGUGUGGAUGAGAGCACGACCAACCGAACGCUGUACCAGAGCAAAGAGGUGGUGGUGAGGCUUGUGGGGAUAGUGAACAGAGCUAUCUCCGCUCUUUCAAAUCGAAGGCCGCAUCACAAGCACCCAGGACAGUUCAUGCCUUACCUGUGCUCGCCCUACGACUCAAACCUCAACGACCGACCGUGCAAGUAUAGGGAGGCCACGUUUGAAAACGCGACGACAGCAUGGUUGAACUACACGUGCAUGGCUCAAGACACGGACUUGUGCUCAGGCAACAAGACCUUAACCUACGACAUCUACGGCCAACUCGUGCUGGCUGCAAACGUGAGCUACGCGCUGUACCACUACGCCCCCUUCCUGCUGAACCUCCAGGACUGCAAGUUCGUCCGGGCCACCUUCAGCGCCAUCGCCUCGCGGUACUGCCCUCCUCUGGGGCACGACCUCGUGCUGGUCUCCGCGGGUCUGGCGCUCAUUGCCUCGGCCUUUGUUCUCUGCCUCGUCUGGAUGCUCUUCGCGGACCGCCCCCGAAGGGAGGAGGUGUCCGAUCUGGCGUCGGGGUCGAGGAUCGCGCCGGUAGACAGCUCUCCGUCGUAGAAGCAAGCAAGCAAGCAAGCGGCGCAACGGGAUGUCUAUGACUAUGAGUGAGGCUGCUUGGUCGCAUGGUGACCAGAGUUUAGUACAGUUCCCUUCCAUGGCUAUGUAAAAUAGUUUCGGUAUAGCGAGUUCCGGGAGACGUCGUUGAAGUGCGGAGAGGAGGGGGAGAAACCGGAAGCACUUCGGGUGGGGGACAAAAGGCCCCAUUUUGCAGUGGAGAGAGUUAGGUGGAAACGAGUGCUCUGCUUCCUUCUAUCGUAUGUCAGAUCGAUGCACCCAUGGUGUAUGUUGCUGCAAGGACAAACGGAAUAAUCGAUCAGGGUUCCCAUGACCAA